CUGAGAGACGGGUCAGGGAAGCGCCUGCUGCAUCCAGGAACUCGCAAAGGGGAGCAAGGCUUUUCUUUCGUUACAAAACCCCGUCCUUUGGGGGACUGAGAGGAGACGGAGAAGGGAAAGAGCACCUUCCUGUGGUGGAACCCAGGCAUGCCAGUACCUCUUGACUGUGCAGGGGCAGAGACCCACUUGAGUCGUACUCCUCUGCCAGUGCCUGCCUUCUUCCAUGAAGCAGAAUGCAGCUUUUCUGUCAAGAAGGCACAUCAGCCACUCAGCUACACCCUCCCUCCACGGCCACGCCACAAGAGCACGCUAACUGUGAGCCGAAUUUUUUCUGACCGCCGGCUUCAGCCAUGGACCCAGCCCCACCCACGCAGUGUGUCCUUUCAUGGAGCUCAGAGGCAGCCACCAUCUCUGCAUAGUCGCCCCUAUGAUGCUUCCAAGAGAGAGCUGUUUUUCAGGCAGUGCUUCCAGCAGCUGAGCCGUCUGGGGCGGGGAUCAUUCGGUGAAGUGUACAAGGUGCGCUGUAAGGAGGAUGGACAGUUAUAUGCAGUGAAGCGUUCUAUGGAGCCUUUCCGGGGUGAAGGUGACAGGCAGCGCAAACUGGCCGAGGUGCGCAAGCAUGAACGUGUGGGACAUCACCCCAACUGUGUGAGCUUUGUGCAGGCCUGGGAGGAGCGUGGGCAGCUUUACAUCCAGACAGAAUUGUGCCCAGGCAGCCUUCUGCAGUAUUGUGAGCAACAUGGCCCACUACCAGAAUGGCAAGUGCGGGCCUUCCUCUGGGACCUGCUGCAAGGACUACGUCACUUACACAGUCAUAACCUUCUGCACAUGGACGUCAAGCCGGCUAAUAUUUUCCUCUCUUCUAAUAAUGUCUGUAAGCUGGGUGACUUUGGGCUGAUGCUUGAGCUGGACUCUGGAGAUCUAAAUGAUGCCCAAGAAGGGGAUCCUCGCUACAUGGCCCCCGAGUUGCUGCGAGGAGAGUAUACCAAGGCUGCUGAUGUCUUCAGCCUUGGCAUGACGAUUUUGGAGAUUGCCUGUAAUAUGGAGCUCCCCAAUGGAGGGGAAGGUUGGCAGCAGUUGCGACAGGGCUAUCUGCCUCCUGAGUUCACAGCAGGUCUCUCUGGUGAGAUGCAGACUCUCCUUAGAGCCAUGUUGGAACCCAGCCAUCAGCUCAGGCCCUCAGUGGAGGCACUGCUUGGUACUACGCUCAUGCAGAAGGCUGAGGGGCGACGGAAGCUGACAAUGCUGGUGCAAUCUGGGAUCCAGCACGGAGUUUCCAUAUGCCAGACCCUUUUCAGGUUUGUGCAGUGGCUUUGGGGGACUGUAUGCAGCCCAGCUCAUUGGCUACUGUUUUGGCAUCAGAAUGUUCCAGUCACACCCCCUCACUCACCCUUCCCCUGCCCGCUGGAAGACAGCAGCCUCUCCAGUGACUGGGGUGAAGAGAGAGAUGAAGAUGAGAAUGAUGGGAGCCUUGGUGAAGAUGUCUUUGAGCUAACAGAGGCAUCUGGACUUCACAACCAUACUUGUCCUGUGGAGCUGUGGCCUGUUGAAAAACUUCCUAACUCCCCAGUGCUGAAUAUAUGCCCCAGCAUGGGAAGCACCUCCACUCCGCGACACCCUACACCACAGCAGACUGGUGGCAGGAAGAACAGGUCUGUGGCCCUCCAAGGCAGUCCUAACCUUAGCUGUAUCAGCCGGGAGCCCUCUGGUGACAGCCUCACUUCAUCAGACUCUCUGCCUGUGAGCAGCCUGCGCCGUACACUAGCUUUUGAGGAUGAAGAUGAGGACAGGAUCAACCAGUGGGAAGCAGUUCUUGCCCAGUGUUCCCAUCAAUGUUCCACAUUUGAGCCAAAAAACCUGCUAAGCAUGUUUGAGGACUCUAUGGUGGCUGAACAGAAGUGCCAGAGUUGAUGAGAACUUCAUUUAGUUUCUGGUUUGCUUAGCACUCCUAUGGCUGAACAGAGGAGCGCCUUCCCUCAAGUGGAUACCCAAAGCUGGUGGCCUAGAGCUCAGUCUAGCAAAAGGAAGGCAGGCCCUCCAGGGAUGCUUCCCUGCAUGUUGCUGCUGCUGUGCAGUUUCUUACCUUCAGGGAAUCAAGAUUACACAGGCAUCCUACUGUAUUCUGCUGGCAGGCAGCAAGAGUAGGGUAUGCUGUCAGGUCAUUUGAGGGGAAAGGGCUUGCUUUUAUGUAGGGAUGAGGGAUAAACUGAAUGCACCUGUGUACUUUUUAAGCUGUCUGUCCCUUCUGUUUGGGCUGUGAGGUAGGGAUGUGUUGCCUGCUGUGGGAAAUGGGGGCUUUAAACAUGCCUCCCUUUCAUGCUGGGAUUUGACAAAGGUGUCAGCUAUAUGACUUGAUAAUAAAAGCAUUUUGA